GAAUGUCAAGAGAACGGGAGAUGCCUUACUACGGGUACCGCGAGGGUGGGUCGGACUCGAGUGGGGGCUGUUCAGAUUCUGAUGGGGCGGAAUCGGACUCAGAGGGCGGGAUGAGCACGGAGAGUACGGUGGGCCAAGGCUUGCCAUUUCCCGGCUUCACCCCAGUAGCCCUGAGAUAUUUGACGCAAGACACACGACCGAGAAGUUGGUGUCUCAAACUCAUCACGAAUCCAUGGUUCGAGAGGAUAUCAAUGUUGGUGAUAUUACUGAAUUGCGUCACGCUGGGCAUGUAUCAGCCCUGCGUCGACGACCAGUGCAUCACCAACAGAUGUAAGAUUUUACAGGUAUUCGAUGACAUUAUAUUCGCAUUCUUCACACUCGAGAUGACAAUUAAAAUGGUGGCGAUGGGUAUUUAUGGGCACGGCACGUACCUCGCCGACUCAUGGAAUAGACUAGACUUUUUUAUUGUAAUGGCUGGAGCACUAGAGUACGCUUUGAAUGUGGAAAACAUAAAUUUAUCUGCCAUCAGGACGAUUAGAGUGCUCAGACCCUUGAGGGCUAUCAACAGGAUACCUAGUAUGCGUAUACUGGUGAUGCUUCUUCUGGAUACUUUACCAAUGUUAGGAAAUGUUCUACUAUUGUGUUUCUUCGUUUUCUUCAUAUUCGGGAUUGUUGGCGUCCAGCUCUGGGAAGGAAUCUUGAGGCAGCGAUGUGAACUAGUUCUACCACCGAACGUACUGAGACCUAAAGACCUGUCCGAAUGGUACAGAGUGCGCUUCAGAUUAAACUCCUUAUCAAUUUACUACGAGUUCUCGAAAGAACUAGACUACAUAUGCACAACGCCUGAGGAUAAUGGAAUGCACCAAUGCGGAGAUUUCCCGCCGUAUCGAUAUGGAGCUCUUGUAUGCAAUGAAACUGCGAAACCAUUUUCUUACAACCAUCCGACGAAUACAUCGUGCGUUAAUUGGAAUCAAUACUAUACGAACUGUACUCAAAGAGGUUCGAAUCCCUUUCAAGGAACGAUAUCGUUUGACAAUAUCGGUCUCGCUUGGGUAGCCAUUUUUUUGGUUAUAUCUUUAGAAGGAUGGACUGACAUCAUGUACUACGUUCAAGAUGCGCAUAGCUUUUGGGACUGGAUUUAUUUUGUUCUUCUCAUUGUGAUUGGUUCAUUCUUCAUGAUCAAUCUAUGCUUAGUCGUUAUAGCGACUCAGUUUAGUGAAACAAAGAAGCGUGAAAUGGAAAGAAUGCGCGCUGAACGUGCACGCUUUACUUCAUCGUCGACAUUAGCUUCAUCGACUAACAACAGCGAGCCAGCUACUUGCUAUGCUGAAAUUGUCAAAUACGUCGCACACUUGUGGAGAAGAUUCAAAAGGCGAAUGGCAAAAAAAAUCAGGGUAUAUAAAUAUCAACGUGCUCAACUACGGUGGCGGACAAGUCGAGAAACGCUUCAAUUACCGGCUAAUCGUCAAAAACAGCACCAUCCAUGUUGCCCCCGUACACAUCCUCAGGGCAACGGAAAAAGUGUAGAAGAAGGAGGAGACGAGCCUCUUAGCAGGCCGAGUUUAUUACGCGUUCCCUCGUUAUCUGCUGCAGAUCUUGAGAAUGCAUCAAACCUAUCACUUUUAUCGCCUCCGUCCCUUGCUCGAAGACGAUCUUCAGUGAUGUUCAGCGAUACAGUUCUAUUGCAUGUGCCAAAUGCACAAAAUUUAGCUCAUCCGCAUAACGUGUGCUCAUCUGAGAAGAUGACACAAACUGAGUUCGACCUGCCGGCAGGGGAGACAGCUGAAGAACGUGCAGCGGCAGGGGGAACAAUGUCAUGUCAGGAACUAUUAGCAUUAUCAGGAGCUUUAUCAGCUGCUUUACCUACUGGACAAGUUGCUUUAGAUUCAUUCUUUGAAGAACUUACCAAAGGAAUCAGUAAACGAGCUGGUGAAGACAAAUUAGAUACAAAGAUUGUUGAAAUAGAUGAUUUUUCAUGUUGCGCUGAACUAAUAGCAGCUGAGGCAGCAGCAGCUGAGAAGAAAAAAGGUCGAUUUUUAAAUGCCUGCCUAAGGCUUUGGCGACAGAUAUCAAAAUGUUUUUCGUUACUACGAAAACGCAUAAAAACAAUUGUAAACCACAAAUAUUUUCAGCAAGGUAUUUUGUUGGCUAUACUAAUUAAUACAUUAUCUAUGGGUAUCGAGUAUCACAACCAACCAGAAGAAUUAACAGUGAUUGUUGAAUACAGCAAUAUUGUAUUCUCUGCUAUAUUCGCCGUUGAGAUGCUUCUUAAAAUCAUUGCCGAAGGACCUUUUAAGUAUAUAUCAAAUGGAUUCAAUGUAUUUGACGGUGUCAUCGUAAUUUUAAGCGCGUUUGAGCUAGCACAAAGUAUGGGUAAUGAACACGAUUUGGCUGGGAGUUCAGGAUUAUCGGUCUUGAGGACCUUCCGACUGCUGCGAAUCCUGAAGUUAGUACGUUUCAUGCCAAAUCUUAGACGCCAACUUUUCGUCAUGUUACGGACAAUGGACAACGUCGCAAUCUUCUUCUCACUUCUGGUUUUAUUUAUUUUUAUAUUCAGUAUUCUGGGCAUGUAUCUAUUCGGUGGUAAGUUUUGCAAGUUCAUCGAAGAUAACGGAUCCGAACGGGACUGUACCUGCCCGGAGAUCAUCUCACAUCAUCCCAAGUGUGAGUGCGACAGGAAACAUUUUAAUAAUAUUCUAUGGGCUACCGUCACCGUCUUUCAGGUGUUGACACAGGAAGAUUGGAAUGUCGUAUUGUUUAACGGUAUGGAAAAAACAAGUCAUUGGGCCGCGCUAUAUUUUGUAGCUUUAAUGACUUUCGGCAAUUAUGUUUUAUUCAACUUACUCGUAGCUAUUUUAGUUGAAGGAUUUAGCUCAGAGAGACAUGAAAGAAGAGAGCGAGAACAGCGGGAAUUGGCUAAAUCUAAAUUGUCAAGCGAAUGCUUUUCUGACAACAACGAAUUACAAUACGACGAAUCCAAUUCGGGAUCUCACUCCAGUGACAGUUUCUCCCAGAAUGAAAUCAAAAACUACUGGAAAUCAGCAGAUGAUGUGAGAAAAGCAAAAGACGAUAUCAAUGGUCACAAAGAUAAAUCUCUGAAAGUUCGGAAAAAAUCCAAAUCAUCGGGUCAUCAUCCAGCCAUGUGUAAAGAUUGUGCGCAGUCUAAUAAGUGUAAUAUACAGAAGGAAUCAAAAAUGCUAGCAUCUAAUACUGGUGCAGCUGAAAACAGCACGGUUGUACCAAUGAUAACUCACACUGCCGCUACACCACAGGAUUCUCCUUCUACAACAUUAGAACCAGGAACGACAUUCAGAGAUUUUAAUGUCGCAUUAACAUUAGAAAGAUCGACAAUGUUAUCCAGCUUGGAUUCCAUUGAUAGGACGUCGUGUACCAGUAUACCCGGAUUAUUAAAGCCACCGAACAGUUAUACUUUGACCCUUCAUUCCGCAGCAGCUCAAUUAGGUGCUGAGAAAGCCAGACUUCCUCCGAUGACUCUUGCUCCCCCGCCUUUAAGCUUGGCUCCUCCCCCAUCUAGAUCUACGUCUCCAGCUUCCACUCCAACGACACCGAGAUCCCUACCAUCCCCGACGCUUCCAGAAAAAAACCUGCAAGUUACUAUCGCCAAGGAUGAUAACUGUCUUAACGUUAGUGAUAAAUCUAGUCUCCUGAGCUCACAAAAAAGUCUCACAGCAAUCCCUCCUAGUAUAAAUGGCGAUGAUAAAUGCAGAGUACAACGUGGAUACAGCUGGCGUCUCUCAAGGCCAAGUUUGAGACGAAAAAAGCAAAGAACAGGAUCUGACUCAGAUGCUGUUGUACUAAAUAAUGGCCGUGACCACGCAGCUUGCAACGGUUCAAGCUUGCGUAAGAAUGAACUGCUCCUGUCCUCAUCGAUGGUGAUCAAAAAUGACACGCAGUCGGAAUUGAACAAUCGAUCGAGGGUACAACUGCCUAUCCGUCGAGUCUCCGCGCACACCGCACUUACAACCCCAAUACUGCCUGACGCAUCGUGGAAAGCUCCAGAAGCAGGCUUUUCAUCAGAUUCCACAGUAAAACUGGACACUGUCAAGCCUCCACCACAUAGACUUUCUCUCACAAAUGAUUACAUAACAGAAUUUAUUCCUAUAACAUCAGUAUCGGAGGUAAAAGCAAGCAACUUAACGCCCACAACGCCGCAACCCCAAAUACCCACGCGACCACGUAACGAAUCACUGCGACCAAACAACCAAGCAUUACCUUUGAUUAAACAAAUCAAUGAAGAGGUCACAAUAAACAACAAUAUUUGUAUUUUUUCAUCGAGAUUCGAUAGACGGCAGUUUAGAUUUAAGGACCUUUUUCGAUUUAUGGAACCGACGGGGUGCCUUAAAGAAAAAGAGGAUUAUUCUCUCUACAUAUUUGCUCCAAACAACAAGAUUAGGAGAUUAUGCACUUGGAUGGUGACGAGAAGUUGGUUCGACAACAUAGUGCUUUUGUUCAUAGCUUUAAACUGUAUAACACUAGCAAUGGAACGACCCAACAUUCCUCCUGACUCUAAAGAGAGGCAAUUCCUCUCCAGUGCUAAUUACGUCUUCACCGUGGUUUUCGCUGUCGAGAUGUUUAUAAAGGUGGUGGCAUCUGGAAUGUUCUACGGAUCGGAAGCUUACUUCACAUCAGGCUGGAACAUAAUGGACGGCUCGCUCGUUAUUAUAUCUAUUAUCGAUCUAUUAAUGUCUUUAGUAUCUGAAUCUAGUCCAAGAAUAUUUGGAAUAUUGAGGGUAUUUAGAUUACUAAGAUCUUUGAGGCCUUUAAGAGUAAUAAACAGGGCUCCAGGCUUAAAAUUGGUUGUACAGACAUUAUUAUCGUCACUGAGACCUAUUGGAAACAUUGUACUUAUAUGUUGUACCUUUUUUAUCAUUUUUGGUAUAUUGGGUGUACAGUUAUUCAAAGGAGCUUUCUUUUAUUGCGAAGGAGCAAACAUAAAGAAUGUUAGAAACAAGUCCGAUUGUCUGGCGAUAGAAGGGAACGUGUGGGUAAACAGGAAAUAUAACUUCGACGAUUUGGGCAAAGCUCUAAUGUCACUGUUUGUGCUCAGUUCGAGGGACGGGUGGGUUAACAUUAUGUAUACGGGUCUCGACGCUGUUGGAGUCGAUCAACAGCCCAUAGUAAAUUAUUCGGAAUGGCGCCUCCUCUACUUCAUUGCAUUUAUACUGCUUGUGGGAUUCUUCGUACUGAACAUGUUCGUUGGAGUGGUAGUGGAGAACUUCCAUCGAUGCAGAGAAGAACAGGAGAAAGAAGAAAGAGUGAGAAGAGCAGCGAAAAGAGCUUUACAAAUGGAGAAGAAGAGACGAAAAAUGCACCAACGUCCAUACUACUCGGACUACGGACAAACUCGUCUAUUUGUUCACAAUGUUGUCACCUCCAAAUACUUUGACUUAGCGAUCGCUGGUGUUAUUGGUUUAAACGUCGUCACCAUGGCUAUUGAAUACUAUAAAAUGCCACCAGCUUUACAAUACGCGUUGAAAAUUUUCAACUAUUUCUUCACAGCCGUUUUCAUACUUGAAGCGGCGAUGAAACUUGUGGCACUGGGCUUUAAGAUUUACUUAAAGGAUAAAUGGAAUCAACUCGAUGUGAUUAUAGUUAUAUUAUCAAUAGUGGGAAUAGUAUUAGAAGAAUUGGAAACGAAUAUAAUACCAAUAAAUCCAACGAUAAUGAGGGUCAUGCGAGUGUUGAGAAUCGCCAGAGUACUGAAACUGUUAAAGAUGGCGAAGGGAAUAAGAGCAUUGUUAGAUACAGUCAUGCAAGCUUUGCCUCAAGUAGGAAACUUAGGGUUGCUAUUUUUUCUAUUGUUUUUUAUAUUCGCUGCGUUGGGCGUUGAAUUGUUUGGACGUCUAGAAUGUUCGGAUGAAAUUCCUUGUCAAGGUCUUGGAGAACACGCCCAUUUUGCGAACUUUGGAAUGGCAUUUUUAACAUUAUUCCGAGUGGCUACGGGUGACAACUGGAACGGUAUAAUGAAAGACACCUUGAGGGAAGACUGCGACAGCUCUGUGGAUUGCGUGCGAAACUGUUGCGUGUCGACUAUUAUUGCACCAAUAUUUUUCGUUGUGUUCGUCCUUAUGGCACAAUUUGUCCUCGUCAACGUUGUAGUAGCAGUCCUCAUGAAACACCUAGAAGAAUCUCAUAAGCAAAUGGAAGAUGAGAUCGAUAUGGAUGUGGAACUGGAACGAGAGUUAGAACGAGAAGCUGACGAUGAAGAGGAUAGAGCGCUCUGUCGCGCUCUUGAACAAUGCACUUCACCACCACGACCUUUAAAUAAGGUACCAUCCCUCCCAGCAAACUUCACGUAUAGUGAACCGAAGCACCAGCCGAUUCCUUCGCCACACAGGCGUCGCACGUUGCACUCCCACCACGCUUUACUGCCGGCUGCAUUGCCGCAGCGACGGGCUUCCCUCUCACCUCAUGCAUUUGGACGACGUCGACAGGACUCAACGGAAACUCCAGCAGCUCUAUACGAGGAGGACGCUCGGUUCAUCGACGCGGACGACAUUGAGGAACUUGAACCGGGAAGCCCACCUCGAAGGGACUCCUUCGCCCAGAAUAGAAGACAACGAGUCGACAAGAGAAACUCACUCCGCGGUGAGGAGACAAGACUAUUGCGUCCAUCGCCGGUUCUACUAGCAGUCCCUACGACCAGGCAGAGCAUAAGGCGAAGUGGGUUGAAACGAAAAUCUUCUACGGAAUCAGCAACGCCAAGUGAAGUAAGCCAUGCCUCAUACAGAUCACAGCUAUCUCCCGAGGAUCCACCGAUAACUGAGGAAGAAAAAAUUAGAAUUGUAAUUGCAGAGAGACGAAAGAUCGAUAAAGUGAGACCAGAGCCAGAAGAUGUGGAACUAUCGGAACGCGGCUCCUAG